CGACGGAUCUAGGAGCACCCCCACACUGCAAACACAGUGCUUUGAGGGGAGUGUGACCCCUUCCAGGACUGGAGGUUAUACCCUGAUACCUGGGUUCGUAGCCGAUACCGUAAGUACCUCCAUUUCCUACCCUUGUUUAUCUAAAAUGAAGAUAAAUAUAAAUAAAUCCUUAUUUAUCGAGUACCUAAAUCUGGAGUGGACAAAAUAUCACCUCUGGGCUGCAUGUGUCCAGCCCGCCAGGGUUCCUUUUUUUAAUGUGCAAAUAGUAAUGAUUGCAUAAUAUUAUCAUUCUCUCUUUCAGAAUCUGGAAAUGGGCAGUAUGAUUUGGCCUCCAAAAUGCCAUAGGAUGUGUGAAUGGCAUUUCCACAAUGUUUGGUGUCACCCAAGACCUGCCAAAGAUCAAAAUGAAAUGUUUUUUCAAAAAAAGUAUUAUUGCCCUAAAAUGGCCUCUAUGGGCUCAGGAAGGACCAGCAUUUGGGAACAAAAAUGUAUUUCUUUUUUGCAGGGGCAAGUUCCUCUGAGAACAUUGGAUAAAGACAGAACCGUCGAAAAAUAAUAAUUGCAAGCCGCUCUUAUAGCCUUUAGGGCUGAAGGGUGGGGUAUAAAUACCAUAAAUAAAUAAUAAUAAAUAAAAUAAUGUGUCCCCCUAGCCUUCCACAGUUUCCCACUUCUGAUCUAAAACAUCCAGAAUCUCCAGAUUAUCAAAGGCACAGAUGGUUUCAAAGGCCCAGCUGACAAUGUGUCUCCGUGCUAUCAUAAAGCAUGACUUCCCAGGACAUUGGACAGCAGUGGUGGACAAAAUUGGCUAUUACUUGCAGUCUCCAAAUAGUGGGAGCUGGCUAGGAAGUCUACUGUGCCUGUACCAGCUAGUGAAGACGUAUGAGUACAAGAAGGCUGAGGAGCGUGAUCCCCUCAUAGCUGCGAUGCAGAUAUUUUUGCCUCGGAUUCAGCAACAGAUGAUCCAGCUCCUUCCUGACAACUCACACUAUUCUGUGCUCCUUCAGAAACAAAUCUUAAAAAUUUUCUAUGCACUUGUUCAGUAUGCACUGCCACUUCAGCUGAUGAAUAACCAAACAAUGACUCAGUGGAUGGAGAUUUUCCGGACUGUCAUUGACAGAAGCGUGCCUCCUGAGACUCUGCAGAUUGAUGAAGAUGAUAGGCCAGAACUGGUGUGGUGGAAAUGUAAAAAGUGGGCUUUGCGGAUUGUUGCUCGUCUUUUUGAAAGGUAUGGUAGCCCUGGAAAUGUAACAAAAGAAUAUUUUGAAUUUUCUGAGUUCUUCUUGAAAACCUAUGCUGUGGGAAUCCAACAGGUGCUUCUAAAAAUCUUGGACCAAUACAGGAAGAAAGAAUAUGUCGCUCCACGUGUUCUUCAACAGACAUUAAAUUAUUUGAAUCAAGGAGUCCAUCAUUGUAUAACAUGGAAGCAGAUGAAACCACAUAUGCAGACUUUGUGUGAAGAUGUGAUCUUCUCCCUGAUGUGUUAUAGAGAUGAGGAUGAAGAGCUUUGGCAAGAGGACCCCUAUGAGUACAUCCGCAUGAAAUUUGAUGUGUUUGAGGAUUAUGCAUCCCCUUCAACAGCAGCUCAGCUUCUUCUGUACACUGCAGCAAAAAAGCGAAAAGAGGUGUUACCAAAAAUGAUGGCAUUUUGCUAUCAGAUCCUCACUGAACCCAAUGUUGACCCUAGGAAGAAAGAUGGAGCAUUACAUGUGAUAGGAUCUCUAGCAGAUAUUUUGCUGAAGAAGAGCAUAUUCAAGGAUCAAAUGGAGCUGAUGCUACAGAAUCACGUCUUCCCAUUGUUUAUGUCAAAUCUGGGGUAUCUGAGAGCCAGAUCCUGUUGGACUCUUCAUUCAUUCAGCUCUUUGAAAUUUCAUAAUGAACUCAACCUGAAGAAUGCUGUUGAGCUGACAAAGAAGAGUCUGAUCGAUGACAAAGAAAUGCCUGUCAAAGUAGAGGCUGCCAUUGCUCUUCAGUCUUUAAUAAGCCAUCAGGAACAAGCAAAGGAAUAUAUUAAGCCCUACAUCAGAGCUGUUAUGCAGGAACUACUGCUUGUUGUUCGAGAGACUGAGAAUGACGACCUAACCAACGUAAUCCAGAAGCUGAUUUGUGAAUAUAGCCAGGAGGUAGCAACAAUUGCUGUUGAAAUGACACAACAUUUGGCAGAGAUAUUUGGCAAAGUUCUUCAAAGCGAAGAAUAUGAAGAAAUGGAAGAUAAAACUGUUAUGGCCAUGGGGAUCCUACACACAAUUGACACAAUUCUGACUGUUGUGCAGGACCACAAGGAGAUAACUCAACAGUUGGAGAGCAUUUGCUUACAGAUCAUUGGUCUUGUCUUACAAAAGCACGUAAUAGAAUUCUAUGAAGAAAUCCUUUCUCUAGCAUACAGUUUGACAUGCCAUCUUAUUUCACCACAAAUGUGGCAGCUUCUGGGUGUCUUAUAUGAAGUGUUUCAGCAGGAUUGCUUUGAGUACUUUGCAGAUAUGAUGCCUCUCUUGCACAACUAUGUCACUGUUGAUACUGACACUUUAUUGUCAAAUCCCAAAAACUUGGAGAUAAUUUACACUAUGUGUAAAAAGGUAUUAACUGGCGAUGCAGGCGAAGAUGCUGAGUGUCAUGCAGCCAAGCUCUUAGAGGUCAUUAUUCUUCAAUGCAAAGGGAGGGGCAUUGAUCAGUGUAUCCCUCUCUUUGUCGAAGCUGUUCUAGAACGCUUAACACGAGGAGUUAAGACCAGCGAGCUCCGCACCAUGUGUCUGCAGGUUGCCAUUGCUGCCCUUUAUUAUAACCCUGCACUCCUUUUGCACACUUUAGAGAACAUCCGAUUUCCUCACAAUCCAGAACCUAUCACUGCACAGUUUAUAAAUCAGUGGAUGAAUGAUACCGAUUGCUUUCUUGGCCUUCAUGACAGGAAGAUGUGCAUCAUAGGACUGAGCAUUCUGAUGGGAUUGCCAAAUCGACCGCCUGCUGUAGACGCAGUAGCUGCUCAGAUUGUUCCAUCAGUCCUCCUCUUGUUCUUGGGCCUAAAACAAGUGUGCGCUACCCGGCAACAUACAGAACACGAAGAGCAUGCUAAAGCUGAAAAGAACGACACAGAAGAUAAUGAAGAGAUCCCAAGUGAUGAAGAGGAGGCAAAUGAAGUAACCCAGGAAAUGCAGCAGAACCACUCAGGUGGUGAUGCAGGGGAUGAAGAUGAUGAUGAUGAUGAUGACUGGGAUGAUGAUGCUUUGGAAGAAACUGCUUUAGAAGGUUUCAGCACUCCAAUUGACCUGGAAGAUGGUGUGGACGAAUAUCAAUUCUUUACACAGACACUAUUAGAAGUGCAGAGCCGAGACGCAGCCUGGUACCAUUUGCUGACCACACCGCUCAGCAAUGAUCAGAAGACACAGCUGCAGGAAAUCUGUGCAUUAGCUGAACACCGGAGGAGUUCUGCAGAAUCAAAGAGGAUAGAACAGCAAAUGGGCUUCACAUUUGAUAACAAAGAAUUGGCCUCAGGAUUUAACUUUGGCAAUGCUCCAGGAAGCAACUGAAGGCAGAAAUGUUUUAAAAGACUCUGCAGAAUAUUUCAUUAUUGCAUUUUAUUAAAACAACAGCAACACCAUCAUUUGUGACUUAUGAGCGGACAAGGGAAGGCAGUGGAGGGCUCUAGAAGAUUCCUUUUUGGGAAAGGUAGUGGCUGACUCUCUUCCCAUCCUCUUAUUAAGACACUCUUUCUAACCAGCUACUGUAAUGUAUAAAGUCUUGUGGUAUUUUUAUAAGAUGUUGAACUGAAAAGAAAGUCUCUGUCCCUAUUCCUUCUGCUAAGGAAGCAGAGAAGCAGACACAUGAAAUUGGAUGGAGUUGCACCUCUCAGGUCUUUUAUCAUUGAAACUGAAGGGGUCCUAUGGAGAACAGUGCCUUCUGUUGUAUAUGGAUUGCCUGAACACAAGAAGUUUGGAGUGCAUUAUAUUCUUUUUUUCAUUUUUGUGAAAGGAUGUACAUUUCUUGGCACACUUGCUUCCCAUGCCUUUUGUUACCUUGUUCUAGUUUAAUUGUGGCUGUGUUUUGUCAGUCACAAACAUACCAACAUUGCUACACAAAUGUUUCAAUUUUUCUGCAUUAGUGUACAUUCAGGGUAAUGCUUCUUUGAGUUAUAAAAAAUAUCCUUGCUUUUACAAGUCCCCCCCCCCCCCGAAAUCAGAUUGUCUAUAAAAAAUAUUCCACCCUCUUAGGGGGGUUUCCAUACUUUUGGAUUCUUCCAAUGCAUACUUUUCACACAUUCUGCCUUGGGGUGGAGGGAGCUCUUUUCUGUUCUGCCUUGGCUUGCACAUCCCAUUGUGUAUAUUGUGGGAUGCAUGCAUGGACCCCAGCAGCUGGGUCUCUCUGUUGUCAUAUAUAGCUUAGAACUUGCCCAAAGCAUCCUUACAACUACACUGUAUAAGGGAAGAUUAGUAGUAGUGGUAAAUCUGUCUUUCAGGGAUAUGUGUCUGCAGAAUUUGGGCAAGUUACUAUUUUGGCCUAAAGCUCCAGAAUCCCCAGCCACCGUGGGCAUUGACCAUUUGCCUGCAGUAUUUGGAGACUGUAUAAACAUUAACUUUAAGUACUUUAGCUGCUGCUAUUGAUCUGAGAUACUGUACAGUUCAUCAGAACAAUCUGAAAACCACUCCUUCAGUGAGACAUUGCAAGUCUUUCAGGAAGUUGUGACAGUGCUGGCUUUGCCCAUUCAGAACAAGAGCUGUCUCAGUGCUUUUGUGGACUUCUUGAUAUGUCAGUAAUCAGAUGGUGGGCUUUGGAAGUAGUUGUCAGCUUUCCAAUGUUGUCUGUCUUGAAUGCCUUCUACUUGCACUGAAUCUCUGUCGUUCUUCCAGCCCAUGUCAGCAAUGAAGACCUAGGCUGUAAAGAAUCCCUUUUACUGGCUUCUCCUCCAUGCUGUAUCCAGCAACUGGGAGAUCAUUUUAGUUUUUUCUGCCUUUAAAAAAAACAGAUUCCCUUGAAGUGGGCAUUGUAGGUUUUGCUGCCUCUUUGUUUUCUGAGCAGAACAUGAGUGGAAUAAUCAACUAGAAGAGACUGGUGCAGAAUGAUGAGGCUUACCUUGCUUAAAACCGAGAGGAGGGUGAAGGGGGGGUCAGUACUAGCGAUCACUGUUUAUUAUGUGGCCUGGAUUGAUUCCAUGGACUAUCCGUUAACCUCUCCUGUGCUCAGAUUUUUUCUACUGCUUAUGUUUCUUUAGCUGCCUUCUCUUUAUUGUGAUAAUAUUGGGUGUUCCUUUGAUGAGUGUGAUGUUUGAGCUGCUGUGGUUUCUAGCCACAUAUGACAAUUGUUUUUUUUAUUAAUUAUUUAUUGUUUCUGUCUUAAUACAAAAACAUGUGCACCAAGCUGAAGGAUGUGCACUUAUUUUGAAUGUAGCUCUCCCCCCCCUUAAUAACAUGCAGAAGUUACAUGUGGGUUAGGAUUCCACACGUCAGUGGAUUUGGAAAGGAAAAGCUGCAUUUGGAACAUCAAUGUGCCCUUCGUAACUGACUUGGUAUAGGUAUAUGUUGUACAUUGAUCUUGGGCUGAGGUCCUAUUCAGUGCCAAUAGAGCAAAACGUGACAGUAUUAUAAGUUUAUGGGAUUGCCUGCUGCAGCCAUCAGAUGAACAAUGUCUGCUUGUGCAAGGAAGUUAUGGAUAUCUCAGUGUGGGAACAUUACACAUGGUAUAAUCCCAUUGUGUGUGCAGUUUGACAGAAAAGUACCCUGACCUUGGUGUCCAGGCUCUAAAUUACCUCGUGAGACAUGGCUCUGAGUGCUAAGGAGCUACCUUAGGGAAAAUGCAUUUUCCUCUUGGAUGUAUCUUAAGAAUCUUAAGCACUGAAAUAAUAUACUGAGCUUUAUAUCCCUAGCAAGAAUUUGUGCAGAUGGUAAAUCCUAAGAAGAUAAGAGAUUUGUCUUAUUGAAAAGGAGCAUUUUCAAAAAUGUUCACAAUCCUGAUUUAGACACAGUCGCUUAUCAUUUGAGAAUACAUGAGGAAAGGAGGUUUCAUAAAUUAAUUAAGGCCUUUAGUUAAGAUGCAACUUGUGUUGCUUAUCAUCCCACAAUUAAGUUUCUCCUCCAUGUCACUGAAAGCUUCAAACUUUUUUUUCCUUUGCAAACCAUCAUUUGUUAAUUACCUUAAGCACUACAUGGUUUGCUUAUUAAAAGGGUCACAUACAUAUACAAAUUCGGAGAUCAACAACAGGUGUGUUUGCAAUAAAGAACUGUUAUUGUGGCUCUGCUUUUGGUAGUUGGCCACACAGGGAAGUGUAAUUCUUUCCAUAAUGAAUGCAGUAGAUUUCUGACUGCAGGCUAAAGCAAGAGUGAGCUACGGGGCCACAUUGUCCCCCAGGUGACCUUAGAAGGCUGUACCCCCCCCCCCCCCCUGCCUCCCUCCCUAAAAGUAUCAUUUUUUUUUUUUACAAAAGGAUCCACCAAAUAUAUCCCUGGCUAUGUUGCAAUUUUUGUAACUCUCUGGGCUAAUUUAGGCACAAGGAAGGCUUUUUUCCAAGAGGAAAUGCCCCGGAGAUCUACUUUUGGAUUAAUUUUGAUGUCCUUUACUGAGCCUAAAAUGGCCUGGGAGAUUCGCAAAAUGGAAUCCACCAUCCGUUUCCACCGAAAUAUAAGACUGAAAUCUUAUUUGUGUCUUUUUUAUGUGGCCUGUCCCAUGUUUUAAUAUUACUUUAAAUUGGACUUUUCUUUGUAAAGUUCAUGUAAAAAGUUUGCAAUGUGAAAUAUCACCUAUGCCUGUGAAGAAAUCUGUUUUAAGUCAGUGAGAAAGCACUACUUCCUACAGUUACCAGGUAGCAAAAGCCCCAUACUACAGUGUGCAAACACAUCACCCUCCCUGCAACUGGGGUAAAUCUUAAUGUGCAUUCUACACCUAUGCAGUUCAACAUUUUGGAAACUUCUAGGUCAGAAGUGAAAAAAUUGUGAUCUCAGAACGCAAGUCCCAUCAACCUUAGCCAGUGUAACCAAAGGUGAGGUAUUGGUGCAGUUUAGCAACACCUGGAAACCCCUAUGCUUCCCAUGCCUGCUCUACAUCCCUGGUAAGUGGAGCUUGUCUUUUGACUCCCUCCCUGACUGGGCAAGCCCAAGGCUAUAAUUCAAAUGCCAGAUACAUUUCUUUCCAUCGCUUCAUUUUUCACCUUUUUGCCAUGGGCUUUUGAUUUUACCUAUGUACACAGAAGAAAAGGCUGCUCCAGUAGGUAAUAUGAAAGGGACCUGUGAGAUUUAAGACUUCACUCCCACACACUCAGGUUAUGGCAUAUAUAUAUAUCCCCUCCCUCCCUCCGUCUCUGACACACAACAAAGCAAAUUAUCCAGAUGUAUUUUUUCAAGACUACCUGUAGACGACUUGGGCUAUGUCAGAGUGUUAGACUUGAGUCUUCCUAUGUCUGGACCCAGCUCUCACUAGCUACUGGGCCAUCCAGGCUCUCUGCUGAUAUUAGAGAUGUUCCAACAGGUACUGAGCAAUACAUCUCUAGGUGUUUAGUGCAGGAUUUAAUCACUGUCAUACUAGUUCGAGUGAGUUCUGACAUUUGAUUUUGCAGUUAUUAAAUAAUGUUUCUGAGUCAUCGCUAAGCUCACACAAGCGAAUGCUUAUUGGAUCAUCUGUACAAUUGGUUCUAGGAUUGUCUAUGUGACUCACCAUUACCAGGUUCUUCUGUGAUUUGCCAACUUGUUCCAAUGUGAGUUGUAUAUAAGGCCUAAUUUCAUGCUUUUUUCUCCUGUGUAUGUCAGUUGUAAACACUUCUGUAAGAGCUGUUAUAUGGAAACAACAUGUUUGUAAUGGAAACACCACUUUAUGAGCCUGAGGACCAUCUUUCCUGUGUGUGCUUGCUUACAGGAUGUCUUCUGACCUAGUUGCCCUAUGUCUGUCUUGCACUACAAAAGUGUAUCAGAUUGCCUUGAUUUUGUUCCACUUUACUUCUGGGUGCUGCUUUUAGACUCCAUACUGAACCUGUGGCUGUACCUGUAUGGCAGUUCAUUGCAUCCAGAAUACAAAAUAAAAUUCUAGACAUCUUCAUAACAAGGG